ACAACUUCCAAAAUAUGUGUUGUUUUCGAAUUUAGACUAAUGAGUUAUUUAGUUUGAUGACUUGUUUACGAGUAUGGACAAUAAUCAUAUCGAUUGUCGUGAUAAUUGUGAAGCACAAUGAAAGUAUGCAUUCGAGAAAUGUUGCUUCUAAUGGUGGUUACAUUGGUUGUCUUUAUCAAGCUGUUUGUUUACGGGAUGAAAUAUGCUUUGACGACUCGUUGUUUGGGAGAUGUGCAAGGGGUGAUGCUGGUGAAGAAAUUUUAGCUGCGGGUCCUUACCAGAAAUUAAUAUUAAAUUCACUUUUCCCGACGUACCGACCAGAGAAGGUGGAUUGGUCUGACGAAACUUUACAGUGUUUACUGAGGACAGCGCUUUUGAUAUCAAAAACUCAUUCCAACUUUGUCGAUCCAAGAUCCUUUUGUUUAAGUCAGUAUGAUGAAAACAAUGCUGAAGAUUCAACAUCCAGACAAAAUGUUAGACGACCAAUUUACAAUCGUUACGAGAAUGAUGGAAAAAUGGAAGAGGAACUUGUUCAACUAUUACCAUCACUGUUGAUUUCAUCAGUUUCAUCGGUUAAAAAUAAUGCUGUUGACGACCAGUUCAAAAGCAAAUAUGUAAAACGUGAAAUUCGAACAAACCGGGCUUUUCCCAGCUAUAUGUUUAGUAAUCCACUGAAAACAUCAAAUCCUCAUUAUCUUGAUGAAGAUUUGCCUCAGCAUAGAUAUAAUGACUAUAAAUAUAAUAAGUUGGGUAAUAUCGGUAGUAAUGAUGUAGCGGUGACUACAGAAUUGAACAAUGAAAAUCAACUGGAUGAUUUUAAUCGACGUAUUCAACAAAUGAUUCGUUUAUCAGAAAAUUUCGUACGCAAAUCUAAUUAUGACGGUGUAAAAUUUGAUGGAGAACAAACAUUGCGAGAAAAUACGGCUGACACGUCACAGAAAGGUGACCAUGAUAACAUUGAGCCAAGAUUGCAUCAAGACUACAGUCUACUUUCGGACAACGUUGUUGAAAAGCCACUUGAAGGUGGUUCGCCUCUAGAACCGCGAAUGCAACCACAGCAAGAAGAAGUUGAAGCCCCGCGCAAGUCAGUCACUCGGCUGCGUGCACAGAAACUGAUGUCUGGACCACACAAGCAUUUGGAGCAUAGAUGGAUAUGGAUAAAAUUUCUGGAUGGACCAAUCAGCAAUCAGAAAGCUCAGUCAAUCCUAUCCAGAAUGUCAGAUGACUUAAAACUAACUUCUCCAAUCUCAUUCUUCUUUCUUGACAAAUCGAGACGUGUUUUAUACUUUCAUAUCCCAUCUAGUGCCGGUGUCACGGCUGACAGUAUCGUAGAUGCGUUUAACACAAAAAUCAACUCCAUUGAUGGCAAUACAAUUGAAGAUGUUGGAUUCGGUCGUGGAGCUUCGAUGGAUACGGCUGCAAGGAUUGGUGCCAGUGCCGCAUCUAUAGCUCGUCUUCCGGGUGGUUCGGCCGAUGGUACUGCCACUGAAUUCAGUGGUCGGGAGAGAUGGGAAAAGUAUACAAUGACAAUAGUCCUCUGUUCAUCGAUACUUGGAGUAAUGGUUAUACUUACAACAAUCUAUCUAAUUCAAGUCUGUUACAGAAAGAGGCAAAUUAAAAGCGAAUCAAAUCAAAGUUUAUCAUCUCCCCACUCCGAUGACUCAACUCAUCCCCUGAACAAAAAGUUUGGUCGAAAUAAUCAGUUAUCUGAAUCACAGAACAGCAGUGUUUCAUCAUGGUCUAGUGAACCAAUUCAAUGCAGUAUCGAUGUUCCGACUGGACAUUUAAUUUUGUCAUAUAUGGAACAACAUUUACGUGAUCGUGGUCGAUUGACAUCUGAUUGGAAUGCAAUUGACAAAUAUGUCUCUGAAGAAGGUGUUUUGUACAAGGAAGGAGAAAAUCCUGAAAAUCAGCUUAGAAAUCGUGUAGGUGCUCCCAUACCCUAUGAGCAGUCCCGUGUCAAACUUCGAUCUGGUGACAACGAUUAUAUUAAUGCAAGUUUGUUGUAUGACAACAACCCGAGAAAUCCUGUUUACAUUGCAACAAUGACGCCGACAAUAAAAUCAAUUCCAGACUUUUGGUCAAUGGUCUGGGAACAAGGCUGCGUUAUAAUUGUUUGCCUAGAACGUAACGAUGAAUUAAAGAGAAUGGAUGAAGUUGAUCAAAUGGAACCGAACGAUGCCGCAGUCAAAUACUGGCCAAAUGAGGGGACUCACAUUUAUGGCUCUUUCGAAGUUCAUCUUGUAUCUGAGCACAGUUGGAGUGACAACUAUAUUGUACGCUCAUUCUAUCUAAAACGCUUGGCGACAAAUGAAACGCGUACUGUCACACAAUUCCACUAUCUUACAUGGAAAGAUGAAAAUGUGAAGGAAAAUAGUAAACCUGUAUUGGAAUUCAGACGGAAAGUUAAUCGGUCCUUCCGAGGAAUGAUGAGUCCUAUCGUAGUUCACUGUUGUGAUGGCUGUGGACGAACAGGAGCGUAUAUUCUACUAGAUCUGGCUUUAAAUCGUAUCGUUAAAGGCAUAAAAGAAAUCGAUAUCGCUGCAUCACUAGAACAUUUAAGAGAUCAAAGGCCAAAUAUGAUUAAAACACUGGAACAAUACGAAUUUGUCCUUUCAGCAACUGCCGAAGAAGUGGAUGCAAUGCUUCAAACAAAUACUUGAAAGAUACAUAUAUAUGUCUUAACAAACAAUACAAGAUAAACAAACAAUGGGAUUUCGCAUAGACUGCAAUUAAUAACUUCAGAAGAAAUGAAUCAUGCAUAUAAACCAC